UAGUGUGGAUCGAUGCCCAUAAAUAGCUCAAAGUCUCCCUCUUCCAACUCCACAGUACUCUACUGAAGCUUGUUUGAUAGUCAAUCGAUCAUAUUCAUGGCGAAGGACAUUGAGGGGGCGGAAGAGAGCGCCAAGGACUACACCGACCCACCGCCGGCGCCGCUGAUCGACACAGAGGAGCUCACCAAGUGGUCGCUCUACCGCGCCGUCAUCGCGGAGUUCAUCGCCACCCUGCUCUUCCUCUACGUCACCGUCCUCACCGUCAUCGGGUACAAGCACCAGUCCGACCCCGGACUCAACUCCACCGACGCGGGAUGCAACGGCGUCGGCGUACUCGGGAUCGCCUGGGCCUUCGGCGGCAUGAUCUUCAUCCUCGUCUACUGCACCGCCGGCAUCUCCGGCGGGCAUAUAAAUCCGGCGGUGACGUUCGGGCUGUUUCUGGCGAGGAAGGUGUCGCUGGUGAGGGCGCUGCUGUACAUCGUGGCGCAGUGCCUGGGGGCCAUCUGCGGGGUGGGGCUGGUGAAGGGGUUCCAGCGGGCGUUCUACGUGCGCUACGGAGGCGGCGCCAACGAGCUCAACGACGGGUACUCCAAGGGAACUGGCCUCGCCGCCGAGAUCAUCGGCACCUUCGUCCUCGUCUACACCGUCUUCUCCGCCACCGACCCCAAGCGCAACGCCCGAGACUCCCACGUCCCGGUUUUGGCUCCGCUUCCCAUCGGGUUCGCAGUGUUCAUGGUGCACCUGGCGACGAUUCCGAUCACCGGCACGGGCAUCAACCCGGCGAGGAGUUUCGGAGCCGCGGUCAUCUACAACCAGGACAAGGCUUGGGAUGACCAGUGGAUCUUCUGGGUGGGGCCAUUCAUUGGGGCUGCGAUCGCAGCGGCAUAUCACCAGUACGUCUUGAGGGCGAGCGGCGCCAAGGCAUCGGGUUCCUUUCGCAGCAACGCUUGAGAUCGUUAUCUACUGUAGCCAUUGUGAAGGGUCGACAAUGGAAAAUAAUGAAAAAUGUGGACGAAAACGAACAACAUUCUCCGUUUCACUUUCAACUGCAUCAAGUUAGCAGACAAUGUUCCAAGAUUCAACAGUUGUUUUCUGAUUAAAUAAUUCAUGGAUGGGGAAACAAAAAUUCCAAAAAGACAAACGGUUGGCGAGAAUGGGAAUCACACAGAAUACGAU